GGUUUAGUACGACGCGCUAACGUCAACGUCGUGCCCUCGACGGACCGUCCUCCUCACUCCUCUCCUCUCCUCUUCAGCAUUUUCUUCUCCACUUCUCCCCCCGUUUUCUCGAGAAAAUCCCUUGAGAAAAUUACACCGUCAGAUUUAGCAUUUCUCAGGCCUUUCCCCAGUCCUUGAAGCCAUGAAGGCCACGCUCGCUACCGAAAUCUUAAAGCCCCCCAUUUUAGUCAAAAUUACGGGUUUCUUCCUCUUCUCCCUCGCCUUUUUCUACCUCGGCCGGCGCUACUCCCCCGGUUACCAGCAGCUCACCUUCUUCUCUCUCCGCCCUCUGUCCACCCACCCCUCCGUCGUCGCCUCCCCGAACUCCGGCAACUCUUCCGAACUCGCCGUCUCCAUCCUCGCACCGAUCACAAACGCGCCGCCACUGGCAAUCCCGCCCCCGCCCCAGCUGACGACUCCGCCACCGCCCCCGCCCCCACCCCCGGGGGUGGAGAGGACGGGAAUUAUUGAUGAGAAUGGAACGAUGGCGGCGGAUUUCGAUAUCGGUGCGUUGGAUCCUGAUCUGGAUGGGGAUUUGGGGAAUUCGAGCGGGAGAGAGGAGGGAGAGAGUGAGAAGAGGGAGUCUAGGGUUAGGAUGGAGAGAUAUAAAGUGUGUAGAGACAGCAUGAGGGAGUAUAUACCGUGUUUGGACAAUGUGGAGACGAUUAAGAGGUUGAAUUCUACGGAGAGAGGGGAGCAGUUCGAGCGGCAUUGUCCGGAGAAAGGGAAAGGUUUGGAUUGCUUGGUGCCGGCGCCGAAAGGGUACCGGACUCCAAUCCCUUGGCCCCGGAGCAGAGACGAGGUAUGGUUCAAUAAUGUGCCCCAUCCACGCCUAGUUGAGGAUAAAGGGGGGCAGAAUUGGAUCUCUGUAAAGAAAGAUAAGUUUAUUUUUCCUGGUGGUGGAACACAAUUUAUCCAUGGGGCAGAUCAAUAUCUGGAUCAAAUUUCACGGAUGGUUCCUAAGAUUGCAUUUGGCCACAAUACUCGGGUUGCUUUAGAUAUUGGUUGCGGAGUGGCAAGUUUUGGUGCUUUUUUGAUGCAGCGCAAUGUGACCACUCUCUCAAUAGCACCAAAAGAUGUUCAUGAGAACCAGAUUCAGUUUGCACUUGAGCGUGGUGUGCCCGCCAUGGUAGCGGCAUUUGUAACACGCCGUUUGUUGUUUCCAAGCCAAGCUUUUGACUUGAUACAUUGUUCAAGAUGUAGAAUUAAUUGGACCCGUGAUGAUGGAAUUUUGCUUCUUGAGGUCAACAGAAUGCUAAGGGCAGGAGGAUACUUUGCUUGGGCGGCACAGCCUGUUUAUAAGCAUGAGGAGAACCUACAAGAACAAUGGAAAGAAAUGGAGAACCUUACUACCCGCAUUUGUUGGGAACUUGUAAAGAAGGAGGGAUAUAUUGCUAUAUGGCGGAAGCCUUUAAACAACAGCUGCUAUCUUAAUCGUGAUACUGGAGUGCAACCUCCACUUUGUGAUCCCAAUGAUGAUCCAGACAAGGUUUGGUAUGUUGGUCUGGAGGCAUGCAUCACUCGAUUACCUGAAAAUGGUUAUGGAGGUAAUGUUACCACAUGGCCUGCACGCAUUCAUUAUCCGCCAGACAGAUUACAGAGCAUAGUAAUGGAUGCUUACACAUCCAAGAAGGAAAUCUUUAAGGCUGAGUCAAAAUAUUGGAAAGAAAUUAUAGAAAGUUAUGUUCGUGCUUACCGCUGGAAGAAAUUAAAACUUCGAAAUGUGAUGGACAUGAAAGCUGGCUUUGGAGGGUUUGCUGCAGCAUUACAUGAUCUUGGGAUUGAUUGCUGGGUCAUGAAUGUUGUUCCUUUUAGUGGGUUCAAUACUUUGCCCAUCAUAUAUGACCGAGGUCUGAUUGGAGUCAUGCAUGAUUGGUGUGAGCCAUUUGAUACAUACCCAAGAACAUAUGACCUAUUGCACGCGGCAGGUCUCUUCUCUAUCGAGAAAAAAAGAUGUAACAUAUCAACCAUCAUGCUUGAGAUGGAUCGAAUGCUUAGACCAGGUGGACAUGUUUAUAUCCGUGACUCAUUAUCUGUUAUGGAUGAGAUUCAAGAAAUUGCGACUGCCAUGGGAUGGACAUUCACUCAACAUGAUACAGGUGAGGGUCCCCAUGCCAGCUGGAAGAUAUUGAUAUGUGAGAAACACAACUUACAUUGAAAAUUUUUUAGCAAAGCAAGUCAUUUGUAUUCUUCACUUCAAAGGAAAUAUGGAAUCCGUAUGAAAUCUCACUGAGAAAAAGACUCUGCCUGCCCAUUCUGAAAUCUCAGCAAUAGAAAGAGAGGCAGUGCCAUUUACUAAUUGUUCAUGUCUUGAUAUAUUUAUUUCUGUACAUUACUUAUGCAUAGCUAACUAACAGGAUGCUUUGAAAGUUAACAGGUGCCCAUUUGAAUAAUAUUGAAAGAAGAAAAGAGAAUUUUCUUUUUCUUACCA